UUCCACUCAAGCAUUCCUAAGUAGAACAACUACUUGACGGUUCAUUUUGCAUGCUAUCUCUACCCAAUUUUGGCGCUCGUCGUUCUCGCAGCUUGUCAACGCGUUCGACCCUUCGCGCCACUAUUUUACAGCUUUCCACACAUAGAUCUAUGCAUGUGCUGGGUCACUAGCAAAUAUGACACCCAAAACUAAUGGCCGUGGAGUCCAGGUGGAGGACACCAAGAUUUGUGUCGUAAUGGUCGGGUUGCCUGCUCGUGGGAAGAGCUACAUUGCACAGAGAGCCCAACGCUACUUGACAUGGCUCUCAAUACCCUCCAAAACCUUUAAUGUGGGAAACUACCGCCGUAAUGACGCCCCUCAACCGUCAGCCGACUUUUUCGACACUGCCAACGCCGAGGGUGAACGUAGACGUCGUGCCGCAGCUGAGGCAGCCUUUGCCGAUAUGCUGGGUUGGUUCCGGGAAGGUGGCGUAAUUGGAAUAUUAGACGCUACCAACUCGACCAAAGACAGGCGUAAAUGGGUUUCAAAUAUGUGCGCACGGGAGGGCAUCGAAGUCCUGUUCGUCGAGUCGAAAUGCGAUAAUGAGGAGCUAAUUAUGGCCAACAUUCGUGAUGUUAAGACCACGAGCCCUGACUACCAGGGCCAAGACCCCGAAGAAGCCGCCCUUGACUUCCGCAACCGCAUUAAACACUACGAAAAAGUCUACAAGACAAUAGACGGGGACGGAGACGAGAGCCACUACACAUACCUGAAAAUGAUGGAUGUUGGUAGUCAAGUGAUUAUCAACCGCAUUCAGGACUACUUACAGAGCCGGGUCGUCUACUACCUCAUGAAUUUACAUAUCCGCCCCCGAUCUGUUUGGUUGUCGAGACAUGGUGAAUCUAUGUACAAUCUAUCAGGUCGGAUCGGUGGUGACGCGGACUUAUCGCCAAGAGGACACCAAUACGCCAGUAAAUUACCGGAGCUUGUACGGAAAUCUGUCGGUGAUAACCGACCUCUUACCGUAUGGACGUCGACACUAAAGAGAACCAUAGCAACGGCACGUUUCUUACCAGAGAACUAUAACCAAUUACAGUGGAAAGCCUUAGACGAAUUAGAUGCGGGUGUAUGCGAUGGUAUGACGUAUCAAGAGAUAAAAGAUGUGUACCCAGAAGACUUCGUUGCGCGCGAUGAAGACAAGUACAACUAUCGGUACCGCGGGGGUGAAUCAUAUCGCGACGUAGUGAUUCGGUUAGAGCCUAUCAUCAUGGAGCUGGAAAGAUCCGAGGAUAUUCUCAUUGUUACGCACCAAGCCAUCCUACGUUGCAUAUAUGCAUACUUCAUGAAGAAGGACCAGUCUCUAUCGCCUUGGAUGAACGUUCCUCUUCACUGCCUAAUCAAGCUCACACCCCGCGCGUAUGGCACAGACGAGGAACGCUACCAGGCUGAUAUCCCCGCCGUAAGCACGUGGCGUGGCAAGGGCAGCACUGCCAAGCACGAAGAUCCUAUACCCGAGGCUAAUAUGUCUCAUUGAUGGAAAGUCUUGGCGCAGCCCGAGCGUUGAAGGAGUCUUGGCAGCGACGCGAACCCUAUCGAGAAUCGCUUCAAGAAUAGCGAAUGGAGAAUCUUUACUUGCGGUCUACUAUGGCCCGUUAGCGAGAUAUAUACAGUAUUCUGACGAGAGAAUACUGAUAUAGAUGUUGUGGAUUUGGCCGGAACUGGACGACAGCCCGGAGUUUCGGGUACGGGAUUGCAUCUCACAUAUUCUGUUAGAUGAGAUGUGCGAGAGUACACGGUUUGCGUGUGGCUACGGAUAACUGAAGACUCUUGGUCCUGUCCUACUGGAGGCGUGUAUAGUAUACGUACACUAGCGUUCUCUGAAUUUUAAUGUAUAGCUGGUGUCAUACCUAUUUGGUGGCAUGAUGAACUUAUGCGUCUUCUUCCCUGUGUUUCGUGUGUGUGCCUUUUGU